AUGUUUCCUACCCUCCGUCUCGCUAAGGCGGCUCGCGUCACGCUCUUCACCCGCGCCGGCUGUGGUCUCUGCGACACCGCCAAACAUAACGUGAUGCAGCUGCAAAAGCGACGGCCCUUCGAGUACACAGAAUUGGACAUUAUGGUUGCAGAGAACAAGUCCUGGAAGGAUGUCUACGAAUUCGACGUACCGGUCUUACACGUACAAUCCGUCCAGGGUCAGCAGGCAGGGACUGGGGGGGCCUUGUCUGAUCCUAAGAAACUAUUUCACCGAUUCAGCGAACAGGAGGUUGAGAAUCUGGUGGACGAAGCAGAGAAGGCUUCUUGA